CUUAUUAAAUCGCAGCGCUUCUCUCUCUCUCACACACACAUGCAAACAAACACAGAGGAAGAACACGUACGCAGAAGAUCGAGUGCACGUUUAUCUUGAAGAGGGCGGCGGAUCGAGACGAUGGGUAUGGUAAUAGUGCUAUCUUUGCCGUUUAUUCUCUUCUCAUUACUUCUCGGAUUCGGUUGUUAUCUGUUCGGAAGAGCCAAGGGAAGGAGGGAAGUAUACGCUAAUGCUCAGGUUUUCAGCGCCCCAGCUCCGCCUCCGGGGGCCCAAAGUACCGCUUGCCAACCGCCUCAUGAACCCCACUUCAAGGCCACCAAUUUUGCCAAUGUCUAGUUCUUUUUUUUGUAUCUAUUUCUUCCAAUUGGAAGUCUACUAUGUAUGUAUUGUACGCAUGAAAAAUGUAUUUAAUUUAGCUCUGAAUAGAUGAAUUUUUUUCCCUUCCAAUUAGAGUUUUUCAUGCUUCAUUCUUGUAAUAUUUUUGCUAUAAAAAUUGUCAUUAAAUAAUAUACAACAAAUAUUGAUCCA